CUUCUUUGCUUUCCAUUUCCACCCACUCUCUCAAUUUCUUCUCAUCCAUACACUACACGUCUGCUACAACUUCAUCAAUCAAGAAGAUGGAGGCUUUUCAGUCAUGGGUUUCAAAGCACAAGCUCACCAGCAUUGGAGCAUUGUGGGCAACAGCAGUUGGAGGAUCACUGGCUUAUACAAGUAGAACAACUCCUCUAAAGCCAAGUCUCAGGCUCAUCCAUGCCAGGAUGCAUGCACAAGCCUUGACACUUGCAGUGCUCUCAGGUGCAGCAAUCUACCAUUACUAUGAGAAGCAAGGAGAGGACAAUGCUGCUGCUGCUGCUUCUGGAGUUACCAAUUCUAUGACUAAUUAAUAACAAGUUUUCUCUCUCUUUGUUAAUCUUCAUGGUCUUUUUCUCUAAAAUCUAUAUAUUAAUCUGGGAGUUGCUUUCCUGAUGGGUGAUAAAAUCACUAUUAAGGUUUGUACUUUGCAAUUCCAUGGUGGAUAUGUAUAUAUACUUAUUAUGGUUUUAUUUUAUUAC